AUGUGGGUGAGUCGACAUGAUACUCGUUCUACGCUAUCACUGGCUAGAAAGCGGGCCGCGACAAAAGAGUAUCUUGUUAUCAGACAGUUGGGCAUUAGAGUACGUGAGAAGUCGUCCCCGAAGUUUGACUCUGUUUACUGGUCCCCUCCUACUUACUCGUGGUUUAAAGUGAACACUGAUGGUUCUACCAUCAGAGCGCCUGGACGUAUUUGUGCGGGCAGGGUUUUCAGAGACUGGAGAGGCAUGGUUCGUGGUUGUUUUCAUGUUGAAGGGGGUAACGGUUUUGCUUUCGAGGCGGAACUUCUGGGUUUGAUUUCUGCUAUCGAGUUUGCUUAUAGCAACGGUCGGUUAAAAAUUUGGUUCGAGGCAGACUCUUCUUAUGUGGUUCAUAUUUUAUCUACUAAGUCGCGCCGUGUUCCUUGGCACUUCGUUGCCAUUUGGAACCAUGCCCUUCAUUUGGUUGAGAAUAUGGAGUUCCGCAUCUCUCAUAUUUUUCGUGAAGGAAACUCUCCUGUUGACAUCAUGGUUAGCCCACACACUCCUGAGGGUUGGUGGACGCACAAUAUUGAUAUCAUUAAGGAUGCCAUGAUUAGAGAUCUUUCGGUUUAUAGUCAUUUUCGUUAG